AUGCUCUGCGCCACCAGCCGCCUCCUAGCGGCCCGGACGGCGACUGCGCUCCCCGCGCAGCCCAGAGGCCGGGGCCCCGGCGCCCGCUGCCGGCGCAGGGAACUACAUUUCCCAGGGCACCCCGAGGUGCCCCUGGGUGAGUUCUUGGCGGGGCGGCUCGCAAGAUCGAGCGUGUCGGCCAGCCGGAGGGCGAUCCUGAGGAGGGGCAGGAUGCCGCCGGCGGUGGGCGGAGGCCCCGCAGGGUCCGAGCUGCGUCCCCGGCGGGGCCGCUGUGGGCCCCAGGUCACUAGGGCUGUGGGCCCGGACGUGGCUGCCCAGACUGCAGCGCGGAGCCCCAAACGGCCUGCUCGGGGCUCGCGGCGCUUCGAGGCAGCCGGCCGGUGGGCCCUGCUGGCCCUGGUGACGCUGCUGUCCUUCGCCACCCGCUUCCACCGUCUGGACGAGCCGCCGCACAUCUGUUGGGAUGAGACUCACUUUGGAAAAAUGGGAAGCUAUUAUAUCAACCGCACCUUUUUCUUUGAUGUGCACCCACCCCUGGGAAAGAUGCUGAUAGGUCUUGCUGGCUACCUGAGUGGAUAUGAUGGGACUUUUUUGUUCCAGAAGCCUGGGGACAAGUAUGAGCAUCACAACUACAUGGGAAUGAGAGGAUUCUGUGCUUUCCUCGGUUCCUUGCUGGUCCCCUUUGCCUACCUCACUGUAUUGGAACUGUCCAGGUCCCUCCCGGCAGCACUGCUCUCCGCUGCCCUCCUCACCUUUGAUACGGGAUGCCUCACUCUGUCCCAGUAUAUCCUCCUUGACCCCAUCUUGAUGUUCUUCAUCAUGGCUGCCAUGCUGAGCAUGGUCAAGUACAACUCCUGUGCUGACAGGCCCUUCUCUGCCCCCUGGUGGUUCUGGCUCAGCCUGACUGGCAUUAAUCUGGCUGGUGCUUUAGGGGUCAAGUUUGUUGGCCUCUUUAUCAUCCUGCAAGUGGGGUGGAACACCAUUUCAGACCUUUGGCACCUGUUUGGAGACCUCAGUCUUUCAGUGGUGACUGUGGGGAAACACCUGACCGCUCGUGUCCUGUGCCUCAUAGUGCUGCCCUUGACUCUCUACACGGCCACUUAUGCUGUUCACUUCAUGGUGCUGAACAAAAGCGGUCCUGGUGAUGGCUUCUUCAGUUCUGCCUUCCAGGCCCGGCUGUCAGGCAACAACCUUCACAAUGCUUCCAUCCCUGAACAUCUGGCCUAUGGCUCCGUGAUCACCGUGAAGAACCUGCGGAUGGCCAUCGGCUAUCUCCACUCCCACAGGCACCUCUACCCCGAGGGCAUUGGUGCCCGCCAGCAGCAGGUCACCACAUAUUUGCACAAGGACUACAACAACCUGUGGAUUAUCAAGAAACACAACACAAAUGCAGAUCCCCUAGACCCUUCAUUCCCAGUGGAGUUUGUAAGACAUGGAGACAUCAUUCGGCUAGAACACAAAGAGACUUCUCGGAACCUGCAUAGUCACUAUCAUGAGGCCCCCCUGACCCGGAAGCACUAUCAGGUCACUGGCUAUGGCAUAAAUGGGACAGGGGACUCAAAUGAUUUCUGGCGGAUUGAGGUUGUAAACAGAAAAUUUGGAAACCGGAUCAAAGUGCUUAGAAGUCGCAUUCGCCUCAUCCAUCUGGUCACAGGUUGUGUCCUGGGCUCCUCGGGAAAGGUCUUGCCCAAGUGGGGCUGGGAACAGUUGGAGGUUACCUGCACCCCAUACCUAAAGGAAACCCUCAAUUCUAUCUGGAAUGUGGAGGACCAUAUCAAUCCCAAAUUGCCAAACAUCAGCCUGGAUGUGCUGCAGCCCACUUUUCCUGAGAUCUUGCUGGAGUCCCACAUGGUGAUGAUCCGGGGGAACAAUGGCCUCAAACCCAAGGACAAUGAGUUCACAUCCAAACCCUGGCACUGGCCUAUCAACUAUCAGGGCCUGCGCUUCUCAGGGAUCAACGACACAGACUUCCGCGUGUAUCUGCUCGGCAACCCGGUGGUCUGGUGGCUCAAUCUGUUGAGCAUUGUCCUCUACAUCCUCUUGGGGAGCAUCAUUGCUGUCGCCGUGCAGAGAGGGGCACACCUGCCUGCGGAGGUGGAAGGGCUGUCCCAGGUCCUGCUGCAAGGAGGUGGUCAGCUCCUGCUCGGCUGGAUGCUCCAUUACUUCCCGUUCUUCCUGAUGGGCCGGAUCCUCUACUUCCACCACUACUUCCCAGCCAUGCUCUUCUCCAGCAUGUUGACAGGGAUUCUGUGGGAUACUAUUCUGCAGCUCUGUGCCUGGAGUCUGGCCUCCCCUUUCCUGGCCAGGGGCAUGUAUGCGGCAGGACUCCUGAGCCUGCUUCUGGGAACUGCCUACAGCUUCUACCUCUUCCACCCUCUGGCUUACGGGAUGGUCGGUCCCCUAGCCCAGGACCCCCGAAGUCCCAUGGCAGGACUAAGAUGGCUUGAAUCAUGGGACUUCUGAGGCUACUGCUACACCAGCCUGAGUCCAGGAACUUUCUGGGGACAGCCAGCUGUGCAGCCAGUCCCUGGACCUUCCCAGCUGUGGGCAAAGCUGCCCGAGGAGCCUGAGGAAUUCUGCUGCCUGCCAGGAUCCAGCUCUGGGAGCAUACCUGGAAUUUAACCCCACACUAGGGAGAGCCGCAGCGCUGUCUGCAGAGAUCCCGCUGCUGGGAUCCCGUAGCUGGGAAUGGCUCAGCAACACAGGCCAUCUCUCAGGCCCGUUUCCCCAAGUGUGCAACAUAAGGAAGGAUGAGUGUGUGAGAGCGUGGGGGUGAGUGUGUCGGAGUGGGAGGGUUCAUUUGUUCAUAUACCUGUGGAAUACAGACCGUGACUGUGGACAGCUGAGUGUCAUAAACUGUAAGAAAUAGUCCAGGGCUAUAGUAGUAUUUUCUGGUAUAUCUUUCACACUGGAUUUAGUUUGAAAAAAAAGAGCCACCCCAAAUUCUCUGACCUCCAAGAAGGCUGAGCUCACUGGGCCCACUUGGGGAUAUCACCAAGGACAGACAGAUGGGGCUGUCAAAGCCGUGCUGCCUUCUCCCCACAAACAAACAGAACUGAGUGCCCCUGAGCUGGAGGGCAGGCCUCCCAGCUGCUUCCUGGGGGAACUGCCGGCAACUCCCUGGGGCAGCAGGUGCCUGCACUUCCUGCCUGCAGUGUGCACAGAGGACCGGGCUCUGGAUGACUGGUGGGAGGAACGGCGUCUUAUCCUUGGCUGCUCUGUGUUCCCAGGCCCUGUGUGCCGGAGGUGGUUCCUGCUGUCCGUCCUUCUCCCUCCGCAUCCAGCCUGGCUACAGGGUGGUGCAGAUGCGUUCUCCCCAUGGUGGGGAGAACCUCUGGGGCCCCUGAGCAGCCGAGGCUGGUGGGCAGCAAGGCAGGGAUCUGUGGUGCCACGCUGGGGUCCCAGUGGGCUGCCGCAGCCCAUCAGGGUUGCUGCUCCUGUCACUCAUGAGAUGUUCCCCACGUCUCUGUCUUCCCUGCUGCCCUGGAUACAUUUCAUUUCCCUCUCUCUGUCACCGUUUCACCGAUCUCUUUCUCCCAAAGACCCAGAGCACCUAGAAAUGCAGCAAAGCUUCUACUUUCUACCACUUAAAGGCCCAAGCAAGAAGCUCAGAGCUGUUCCUUUCACUUCCUCCCCAAAUGGAAGAAAUUAAGAAAGCCCUUGGGUCAGAACUGCACCAGGCCCAGGCGCAUGCUUCAGCCACCUCCCUCCCGCCGGUGCGUGACAGAGUAUUUUGUCUCAGAGGACUGUGAUGCUUCCCGGUUUAAUGAUGAGGCUCUGCCACACUUCAUCCUCCCUCCUCUGUACCCCCACCGAUUCUGACAGGGUCAGAGCUCUUUAGAGCAUCUUCCGGAGGCGGUUGCCACGGAGACUGGAAAUUGGGCCCAGGGACAGGCUGUGCUACCUACUGGGCAUGGGGAGGGACGCUUCUGGCCAUCCUUAGCCGUUCCGACUGGCCAUCAUUAAUGUUAAUAGAGGAAAUGCAGCAAUGUCAAAAACAAGGCAGGUUUGUUAAUUAGAUCUGGGGUGCGAUGACCUCCCUCUCCCAGGGCUGCAGCCCUUUUGACUUCCCCUGGCAGGAAGUGCUGCCUGUGUGCUGAGUCUGGGCUGUGGGCUUAAUUGUGUUUCUGGAAGGGGGAGGAGAGCAGGGAUGAAGAACCUCUGCUCACCCCUUCCGCCGCAUCGCACCACUGUCUCUCCUGCCCUGGGUGGAGCUGGUGUCUCCUGAGCUGGGCGGGGCAGCCAUCUGGGUGGGCUCUCCUGGAGGGAGAAAGUGGGAGUCUGUCCUUGCCCCUCAGCCAAGAACUGUGGCCCCACGACAACUGGGAGGGGACCGAGGUCCCCUUGUACCUUCUUGUUUCCUACUAGGAGCUGGUUGGAAGGGAGGAACUCCGAGGAACCAGAGAGGCAGCCACUCUGAGUGAGGGCGGGGAAGGAGAAAGCUUCCUGCCCAUGGCUCCCUCCUAGUUUGGCCACACUGGGGACAAGGGGCUCCUCUGUCUCCUCUCCUGCUUUCCAGGGAUGAGAGAAUUGUUGGCUUACUCCCUCCUCUUCCUCUUAGCCCAGACUGGCAGACAUUCUCUGUGGACAAGGCCGUCUGGGCUGGUGCAGCUUCCGUGCUCAGGUUCGGUUGGUGGUAGACACUGGGGACAGGCGAUCAAGGUGGGGCUCCGAAUGUGGGCUCUGGGGCCCAGGAAUUCAUGGAAAUGUGACGUGCCCUACAGACUAGCUGGUGGAGGAAGAAGAUGUUUGUUAGCGCAAACUCCAGCCAGCUUUUUGAGCCACAAUUUUAUAUAUUUUUUAAAAAGUUUCCACAGAUAAUCAGAGGCCAUUUACUUUUGUAAUAAAUAGCUCUUAUUUUGAA